GUACUUCAUCUGGCUCUUUAUAUCCGAAGAUUAUUUAUGCGUCACGAACCCACAGUCAACUGUCGCAAGUGGUUCGUGAAUUGAAUAAAACCUUGUACAAGGACACGAAAACAGUGACGUUUGGUUCGCGUGAUGUCUUGUGUUUGAACAAAAUUGUUACAAGCGAAAAAAACUCGACCAUGAAAACGUUGAUGUGUCGAAAUUUAACGAAGAACAGAAAAUGCCGAUUCCACAAUGAACUCGAAAGUAAGUCGGUGGUGAUUCUCGUUGAAGUCUUAUUCAGAAAAUUAUUUCAUCGAUUGCAGUAG